UGCGGAGAAGUUCAUAAAUCGAGGAGUAUUUGAAGAAACCGGCAGCCAUGGCCGGAAACAUGGGGAUGGAACAAUUGAUUCCAAUUGUGAAUAAGCUUCAAGAUGCUUUUACACAAUUGGGUGUCCAUAUGCAAUUGGAUUUACCACAAAUAGCUGUUGUGGGUGGACAAUCAGCAGGGAAGAGUUCAGUAUUAGAAAAUUUUGUGGGCAGAGACUUCUUGCCUCGUGGCUCGGGCAUAGUCACCCGACGACCCUUAAUUCUGCAACUAAUACAUUCAAAUACAGAAUAUGCGGAAUUUCUCCACUGCAAGGGUAAAAAGUUCGUCGAUUUCAAUGAGGUGCGAGGGGAAAUUGAGGCUGAAACAGAUCGCAUUACAGGCUCAAACAAGGGCAUCUCGCCUGUGCCUAUCAACUUGCGCGUUUAUUCGCCAAAUGUUCUCAAUCUUACGUUGAUCGACUUGCCGGGUCUGACGAAGGUUCCGAUUGGAGAUCAGCCGGUUGAUAUCGAACAGCAGAUCAAAGCUAUGAUAUUCCAGUUCAUACGGCGCGAGUCGUGUCUCAUCCUCGCCGUCACGCCGGCUAACACCGACUUGGCGAACAGCGAUGCCUUAAAACUUGCCAAAGAAGUAGACCCUCAAGGUCUUCGUACAAUCGGCGUCAUCACAAAGCUGGAUCUCAUGGACGAAGGAACGGACGCUCGUGACGUACUCGAGAACAAGCUGCUGCCACUCAGGCGAGGCUACAUCGGCGUUGUCAACCGUUCACAAAAGGACAUCGACGGUAGGAAGGAUAUUUCUGCCGCGCUCGCGGCUGAGAGGAAAUUCUUCCUCAGCCAUCCGUCGUACCGACACAUUGCGGAUCGACUGGGCACCCCGUACUUGCAGCGCGUGCUAAACCAACAGCUCACCAAUCACAUCCGCGACACUCUGCCCGGCUUGCGAGAUAAGUUGCAGAAACAGCUGCUCACUCUUGAGAAAGAUGUUGAACAGUAUAAGCACUUCCGACCCGACGACCCAUCCAUCAAGACCAAGGCUAUGUUGCAAAUGAUUCAGCAACUACAGACGGACUUCGAAAGGACGAUCGAAGGUUCUGGAUCAGCACAGAUAAACACGAACGAGCUCUCGGGAGGUGCGAAAAUAAACAGAUUGUUCCACGAACGGUUCCCGUUCGAAAUUGUUAAAAUGGAAUUCGAUGAGAAAGAACUGCGUCGAGAAAUUGCGUUCGCUAUUCGAAACAUUCACGGUAUCAGAGUGGGUCUUUUCACUCCUGAUAUGGCGUUCGAAGCGAUAGUAAAGAAACAAAUCGCUCGGCUGAAAGAGCCGAGUCUCAAGUGCGUUGACUUGGUCGUACAGGAGUUGUCGAAUGUCGUUCGCGUUUGUACGGAGAGGAUGUCGCGCUACCCGCGCCUGCGCGAGGAGACGGAGCGCAUCAUCAUGUCGCACGUGCGCUCGCGCGAGCAGCAGUGCAAGGAGCAGCUCGUGCUGUUCGUGGACUGCGAGCUGGCAUACAUGAACACCAACCACGAGGACUUCAUCGGAUUCGCCAACGCACAGAAUCAAUCUGAAAACUCGGCUAAGUCAGGUCACCGCGCACUUGGCAACCAAGUCAUCAGAAAAGGGUACAUGUGCAUACACAACCUUGGAAUCAUGAAAGGUGGUUCUCGUGACUACUGGUUCGUGCUGACGUCGGAGAGCAUCUCGUGGUUUAAAGACGAGGAGGAGCGUGAGAAGAAGUAUAUGCUGCCGCUCGACGGGCUCAAGCUGCGUGACCUCGAACAGGGGUUCAUGUCGCGCCGGCACAUGUUCGCUCUCUUCAACCCGGAGGGCAGAAAUGUGUACAAGGACUACAAGCAGCUAGAGCUAUCGUGUGAAACUCAGGAUGAUGUUGACUCUUGGAAAGCAUCAUUCCUGCGAGCUGGUGUCUACCCCGAAAAGACUUCUGAAGCAGCUAACGGUGAUGAGAGUGAUGGAAAUGAGAGCUCGGAUACGUCAGGCACUAGCAGCAUGGACCCGCAGUUGGAACGCCAAGUGGAGACCAUUCGCAACCUUGUCGACUCGUACAUGCGCAUCGUGACCAAGACCACGCGCGACCUCGUGCCCAAGACCAUCAUGAUGAUGAUCAUAAACAACGCCAAAGAUUUCAUCAACGGAGAACUUCUCGCGCAUCUCUAUGCGUCUGGUGAUCAGUCUCAAAUGAUGGAAGAGUCUCCGGAGGAAGCGCUGAAGCGCGAGGAGAUGCUGCGCAUGUACCACGCAUGCAAGGAGGCGCUGCGCAUCAUCGGCGACGUGUCCAUGGCCACCGUCAGCACGCCCGUGCCGCCGCCCGUCAAGAACGACUGGCUCGAGAGCCGCCUCGACUCCAACCCGCGCCUGUCGCCGCCCUCGCCCGGCGGCCCGCGCCGCGCCGCCCCCGCGCAGCAAGGCUCGCUCGGCCAGCGCGGCGCGCCCCCGGUGCCGGGCGGCGCGGGGCGGCCGGCGCCGCCGCUGCCGUCGCGGCCCGGCGGGUCGGCGCCGCCCCCGCCCGGCGCGCGGCCCCUGCCCUCGCAGGGCCUGCCCGCGCCCCUCAUACCCACUGAAAUAAAUAGAGCACCCUCAAAUAGACGGCCGGGCCCGGGCGCGCAGCUGCCGCCGCAAGUGCGCCAGCAGAUCAACCAGGCCGUGGGGCAGGCCGUCACCGGCGCCGCGCUCAACGAGCUCAGCUCCGCCUUCGCCAGAUUCAAGUAAAGCGCCGCCCGGACCGCCCUGUCUCGGCACGUCACGUCACGUCACGUGACGUCGACCCUCGGCUUCCUUCGUUCCUUUUUCUGUUACUAUGUUAUUUUUUUCGUAAUGUUUUUCGAUACACGGCCCUCGUGAUAUCGUGGAACGUUUCGAAAUAAAGAAGUCGAUGUACCGACGUCACUCGUCGGAAGUGAAACGCUUUUGUUUUACCCGCUAACAUUUGUGAACGUUCCGCCGUCUAACAGCUUUGUUUUGUAUAUGCAAUUGUUAAAUCUCGAGCUGAAAAUUCGAUUAGCUUUACCGAUUUUGAAAUAGUUUCGUUGAGAACGUAACUUUGUUCGCUCACAAGAUAAUGUAUAGUAAAUUAUUGCUUAAAAUACGUAUACGAAUUUUCAGUUUCACGCUACACUUUCUCCAUAUUAAUGUCUACUUAUAUUGUUUUGACAUUCCAUAAAUAUUACAAUUGUAAAGGCUUAAUUAAAUAUAUUUUAUUGCAAUGAAUAGCAAUAACACUACUGUUUAGUUCUAAAAUGACACUAAGGCUUACAUGUAAGAUAGUAAUUUAGUUUAAUUUAACAUUUUUCAAUAUAUUAAAAUGUGAUAUAAACAAUCACAAUGUUACCAUAGUCAUAAAAAAGUGUUACAUUUAAAAGGAGGUUUUAGUUUUUUUGAAGAUCACACACUUUGACAAUCAAUGUGUUAGGUAAGACUUGCGAAUCGAAGAACAUUUUUUAUUUGUAUUUAAUGUAUUCCUUAAUUUAAAAAUUGAAAUGUGCACAAUAUGUUUGAUUAGAGUCUAAUAAUCUUGAAUAAGGGAUACUAAGGAAUACAAUUAGUUAGUUUUAGUGAGGUCAACUAUUGUAAAAAUGAUUAUAUUCUUUGCAAAUUAGGUUUAUUCUCAUACCGAUAAUUCCGGCGCCAAACAUGAUUUGAAAAUUUUGAUUAUAAGAAUUAUAUAAAAAAAGAUUCAGUAUUAACUGCGAAUUAUUCCUAUGCAGUGCUUUAGGAUAUUAUUAACAAUUAUACGAUGUUAAUCCUUUACUGGAUUGUAUUUAAGGCGACUGCUCUAUAUCGUGGGUUUGUAAAACGUUUGAUUUAUGAAGCGAAUAGUAAACGUGUAUCUAAUGGCUCGAGGUAUUAGGUGUAUUACGUAUUUAAAUGGAGUUUGUUCGUCCCGGAUUGCAACAGAUUAUCUUUGAAAGCAUAUCACGGUAUUGUUUCGUAAAUGUUGCUAGAGUUUUACUCUUAUUAUAUAAAAUACUCGAGAGUUCUGAAAUAAAACUAUCUUAAUUGAUUUCACUUAUAUUAUUAAUUUAUAUAUAAAUUUUUCAUAAACUUGGCAGAUCAAAACGAUAUGCUUCAAUAUUUAAAACAUAAUACUAAGUGUUAAAUUACCUUAAAAUAGUUUUAUAUCAAUAUGUACUCUUGAAUAACUAAGGAUUUAAUAAAUAUAUUUGUUGAUGUUGCUGCACUUGACGAUCUUGUAGUUUUAGCUGCGUAGCAAGGAUACAUUACUCUACGUUCUCACGUUGGUGUGUAGGUGUACCAGUAGCUUAGGGACAAUCACUGUCUCAUAUUUCUCUUUUCCGUCUCUUGUAGUGACGUAACGUUUGUAUAAUUAAAACAUAUGCGCAAACAAUAUAUUCCAAGCUUGUUCGUUAUUGUAUAUUAAAGAAAAAUUUGAUCAGUGUAAUCUAUUGUAGCUGAAAAAUAUGUAAUAACCGUUAUAUGAAUUUAAUCACCGAAAAUGUUGAAUUUACAAAUUUGUAUGUAAAUUAAUUGUACUUAUGGCUAAGACCAAAGCAGUUGUCUCGUGUCGUUGCUGUUAGCAAUAUCUUUGGUCAAUUAUUAGAAUGUUUUAUUCAUGGUGAUCCAUUAUGAACUCGUUAUUAAAUACUUAUUACGUAUAAAAUAAAGGAAUUUUACUCUUGAGAAUUAUCAAUCACUUAGAAGUAUCGCUUACAUCAUUAAAUGUCGACCAAUUAUUUAUUUAACGUUCAUUAGCUACGCGGUUCUACUUUAUUUUAUUUUACCAUUAAUAAUCAUCAGACUGUCGUCCCAUAUAUAUUUCCCUAACGAAACUGACGGAAGGCCGAAUUAUGACGUCAUUAUACAGUUCCUACAUGAUUUUGACGCUCUAGCUAAUUCAUUGCUCUUAAUUAAUAUUGACAAAAUUAUGUGAAAAUAAUAAAAUCAUAAAGUUUUGCUCUCUUGUUAAUAGCGUUAGUACCAUCGAAAAAAAGGUAUAGCCAGAGAUUGUUGGAUUUGAUAUAGUUUAUGAAUAUUGUUAAUCUUAUGCUGUAUAAAUAGAGUAAUUAAAUGCUAUAUGUGUA